AGAUGGAAGCAUACGGAUUAAGGUGGUAGUCACGUGCUCAAAACAUCCGGUCUAUCAGAGAUGGCUGCUUCAAGGUUACCGUCUGCAGCGCUUUCUCUGAAACAGUUCUUACAGAGACAGAGAGUUUUGGGGAUCUACAGGAACAUGCUGAGGGCCAUACGGAAGGUACCCGACCAGGCAGACCGGAAGUACCUCAGUGACUGGGCCAGGGACGAGUUCAAGAGGAACAAGAACGCCACAGACCAGGAUGCCAUCCGUAUGAUGAUCACACAAGCAAGCAACCACCUGGAGGAGCUGCACAAGUCUCUGGCGUUGGCCGGCCGGUGACUUGGAGCUGCUGGGGGUCUGGACUGCUUUCUGUGGAGACUGUGCAGGGGAGUGUUGUUGUCAGUGAGCGCUGCAGGACCUUUUUCAGGAUGUGUUGAUGAACUGACCCAGAGGCUCCAGCCAUUAACCCAUGAGGCUGACUGGAACCCUCGCCACACUGCUGUUAAUAAUAUGUCAUGAUAUUGUAUAUUAAAGGGAAACUAAUGACACCACAGAUGAUUCAGAAUGAUCUUUUUUUUUUUAAUACAAAAUAUGUCUCGGGCAUCAUCAUACACAGUGCAUUAUUCAUAUCCACAGAGUUAUUCAUGUGUGACUAAGCAACAUGUUGAGCAGACAGUCACUACAUCAGACAGUAACAAUGCAACAUGACAAGUGAUGUUUCCAUCAGGACUGGCCUUGGCAUGCAGGGAGACGAGAUUACAAACAGAGGACUGUUCAGGGCCGGGACGCGGUUUGGUUUGGUGUCCACCAGGGCGGACCCAUGAUUAUUUAUUAUCCAUUCAUCUGUUGUUCUGUGAAACUCCAGACAAAAGUGAACAAUGAUAUUAAAAGAGACAGAAGCAGUCAAUCCUCACAACUGCAAUCAGG